AUGUUCCUACCUUGGAGUGUCACGCUAUCGCUGCUUCCGAUCGUCGUGUAUCUCGCGUUCCGUUGGAAAAACCGUCGCUUCUACCGAAUAUCCUCCGAACUACCGGGACCCGUCGACUACCCGCUAAUUGGAUGUGGCCAUCUUUUUAUCGGAAAAUCCAACGAAGAACAGUUCGCCAUCAUCAAUGAUAUCACCAAAACGUACCCGUCGCCUUGUCGAGCUUGGCUCGGCCCGAAGCUGUUUGUGUUCAUCGACAAUCCGGAGGACAUGCAAGUGAUACUGAAUUCACCGAAUUGUUUGGAAAAGGCUGACGUGUACAGGUUUUUCCGUUGCGAGAAGGGACUAUUUUCGUCUCCGGCUGGCCUAUGGAAGGUUCAUCGGAAGCUGCUUGCACCGUGUUUCAGCCCAGCCAUUUUGGCCAGCUUUGUGUCGAUUUUCAAUGUGAAGAGUGAAAUUUUAGUGCAGCGCUUGCGGAAGAAUGUGGACCAGGAGGUAUUCAAUUUGUACGGGGAUAUUUCAAGGUGCACGUUGGACAUGAUAUGUGCAACAACAUUGGGAACGAAUAUGGACCUGCAGAGCAAUGAAGGGACCGAGUUCAUAAAAGCUAUUGAAGAUGCUUGCGAGUUGAUCAACAGCCGCAUCCACAAAAUUUGGCUACAUCCAGAAUGGAUUUAUCAGAAGACGAAAUUCUAUAGAGAGGAGAAAGAGUGCUACGAAAAAGCAUACAAGAUGUCGCAUAAAAUUCUCGAACUGAAACAAGGAACGCGUGGUAAAUCGAAAAAAGCCACAACUAGCGAUGAUCUGGACCUCAAGAAACCACAGAUCUACAUCGAUCAGAUCCUGCGGCUGGCGGAAGAAACAGACGUAUUCGACGACAGAGCCAUUCGGGACGAAUUGGAUACCAUCAUUGUCGGUGGAAACGAAACUUCGGCGUUGACUCUGUCUCACGUGAUGCUGAUGUUGGCAAUCCACGAGGAGAUUCAACAGAAAGUGUACAACGAAAUUGUGAACGUGCUCGGAGGUCGAGAUCCAUCGAUUCCGGUUCAUAAUGAUCAUCUUUCUCAGCUAAACUACACGGAAAUGGUGAUGAAGGAGACAAUGAGAUUGUUCCCCGUUGGACCAGUAGUAGCCCGGACUUGUACGGCACCGACUAGGAUCUCGAAAACCACCAUCCCGGAGGGUACUACCGUUGUCCUGGGAGUUUUCAACACACACCGUAACGCCAAGUACUGGGGACCCGAUGUGGACAGCUUUAAUCCGGAUAAUUUCUUCCCGGAGCGGGUGGCGGAGCGACAUCCGUAUUCGUUUCUUCCGUUUAGUGGUGGGCCACGAAACUGCAUCGGCUACAAGUACGGGCUGAUGUCGAUGAAGAUUAUGCUGUGUCACUUGUUGCGUGCCUAUCGGUUCCGAUCGCCACUGAAAAUGGACCAGCUGCAGUUGAAAAUGAGCAUCACAUUGAAAAUUGCCAACAAACACAUGGUGCAGAUCGUGAGAAUAUUUUUGGUCUCUACGCUGAUCGCCUCCUUGGCGUAUUACCGAUGGAAGCACAGGAAGUUCAUAGCAACGCUGGCCAAAAUGAAUGGACCAUGGUCAAUGCCUUUGCUGGGACAUAUUCAUCUGCUGAAGGAUUUCACCACCGAAGAAAAAAUCUUCAAAAACCUUUACAAGUACAGCAACAUGUAUGCAUCACCCGUGGCAGUCCAGCUCGGUCCCCUAGUGCAUGUGUUCACAUACAAACCGGAGCAUAUCCAGAUGGUGCUCAACUCGCAGCACUGUCUGGACAAACCCAAACAGUAUGAAUUUCUCCGGGUCAGUAGAGCCAUAUUCUCCGCACCAGCCGAACUUUGGAAGGACCAGAGAAAAAUGUUUAACCCAUCGUUUGGACCGGGUAUUCUCAGCAGUUUUGUGUCGAUUUUUAACGAGAAGAGUGCCAUCCUUACUGACAUGCUGAGUCUACACGUUGGUAAAGCACAGCAGAACAUCAGUCACGAGAUCAUCCUGUGUGCCCUCGAUACAAUUUGCUGUACUGCAUUCGGAAUCGAUUUAGACCUGCAGAGAUCACCACUUGGAGCAGAAUAUUUAGAUCACCAGGAAACGUACAUACAAUACGUUACGCAACGGGUAUUUGCAGCACAAUAUUAUCCUAAUUUUAUCUAUCGUAUGACGAAAGUAUACCAAAAGGAAAUUGAAGCAUUCGAAGGGAUGCAAGUUUUGUCUAGAAAAGUGGCCCAAGUGCUCAAAAUCGAGGAGGAUUUGACCAAGGAACUUCCCCAGCCAAAGAAGCAAGAGGAAACAGGAACAAAGAGAGCACAGAUGUUUGUGGACAAACUAUUGGAAGCGGUUCAAGAAGGAGCAAUAAUCAAACGGGCGGAUAUUAUACAGCACAUGCUCACAAUAUUCUUUGCUGGUAAUGAUACAACGGCCACCACAUUGAACAACCUGCUGUUGAUGUUGGCAAUGUAUCCCGAUGUUCAGGAACGAGUCUACCAGGAAGUAAUGGCAGUUUGUCCGGAGAAGGACCAGCCGGUGACGAUAGGGGACGCUUCCAAGCUUACAUACACUGAAAUGGUGUGCAAGGAAACGAUGAGACUAUUUCCCGUCGGCCCUCUCAUUGGCCGAAUGGCGAGAAGAGAUGUGAAAUUGGACGAAACUUUUACGAUUCCCGCUGGCACAACAGUAGUCAGUUGCAUCUACAAGGUGCACAGGGAUCCAGAAAUAUGGGGACCGGAAGCGGACAGUUUCAACCCGGAUAACUUCCUGCCAGACCUCGUAGCAAAGAGGCACCCCUAUUCAUAUUUGCCGUUCAGCGGCGGGCCACGGAACUGUAUAGGAGUGCGAUAUGCGUGGCUUUCCAUGAAAAUUAUGAUUGCCCACGUUCUGCGAAGGUACCGACUGAGGACAUCACAUACAUUAGAUACACUGAACGUCAAAUAUUCCAUAAUACUGAAGAUCGCGGACGGCUGCCCGGUCACUCUGGAGGAAAGAUGA